AUGGAGAGAGAGGAGAGCCCCCGGGAUUUCUUUCCAGAGAUGAGGGAGGUGGAAAACAAGGUCGGGAGGAAAACACCGGAGAGUCUUCUGAUGUGGAUGAGGGAGGCUGCGGACUGUGGGGACGGCUGCAGGUGUGAUGAGGGGGACAAGGGAGACCACAGCUCUGCCUUCAGUGGAAGCUUCUCUGACAGGAUCAGCUGUUUGAAACAAGAGAUGAGAAAGCUGCGCUCUGCCGAUGUGAAGAUUCUGCGGCAGCUGCUGGCCGUGCACGAGGGUAUCGAGGCCAUGCGGUGGCUGAUGGAGGAGCGGGGGUCUCUGGUCAGUGGCGGCGGCAGCUUGACAGGAAGCCUGAGCAGCCUGGUCACUAUAGAGGAGCACGGGCCCUCUGUGACGCCCUGCAGGGAGAGCCAGAGUCCGACCUUCCCUCAAGAUUUGACUGAAACAACAGGCGAGGACUACGCAGGUCAUCGAUCACAACAUGAUGAUGGUGAUUCAUUCCACAAGAGCUACUUGGAUGUUCAGAGCCCCGAGUCUGGAGGAGUGAGAUCUCCAAGUCCUUCCAACUCUGAGUUUGAACCUAACCCUGCUGCCAACGGUUUGGUCAGUGCCAGUUUACAAAAGUCACAAACACAUGACGUGGACACAGCUGAAGAUGGUACCAUCAAGAGAGCUCUGCUCAGGUCUAGAAAGGCAAGAAAAGAAGUGAAAGCAGACAUUAGUGGUUUUACCCAAGAGUCCGGGGAGAUUCAGACAGAGCGCAGGCCGCCUCAGGAGAGUUUCAGAGCCUCUCAGAAUGAAGUGAUGGAGGAGCAAGAGAGUGCAUCAACUGCGGACACUGUUCUGCUGGGGUAUGACGCUCGGUGGUGCUGGGUGGAGUCGCAGGAUGAUGUGACGUUUUUAUGA